UCUGAGGAAAAUUCACAAGUAAAACCGAUUGAGGUCUCAGAACUAGUUAACUGGAGUUUUACUCCCAGCUUUCCGUCGGUUUAGAAUUAACAAUUUGACUAUAAUAAAGUGUUAAAUAAUAAUGUUUAUUAUUGUGAAGUGAAGGAGUAUUUUGUGGUGGAACAAUGGGUCUACAAGCGACCCAAAGAACUUCAUUGUGGCCUGUGAAAUAAGUCAAAAUGAUGGCGUCUGUAUCGGGUUGACAAAACAAAUUAUUUACAGUGUGAGGAAUAGUUUAAGAAUAUCCAAACAUUCUAAGAGUACAAAUCCCAGUAGUAAACAACUCUUUAUGCCCUAAGUCUAUUGGUGUUUAAUUAUUUGCUAGAAAAACGAGAUUUUUGUGAGAGGUUAGAAUAAACUCUGAUAUGGACAGCAGACACAAGCCCCAUGUUAAACCUAGUUUUGUGACAUAAAUAAAUGCCAUGAAUACAAUAUUGUUGUUUAACAUGGUUUUUAGAUAAUUCAUAUUUUAUUUUGGUGGCGAUGGAUUCAGGAAUACCUCAUGUACCCAUCACCACUUUAGCUGGUGUUACAAGUCUUACAGACUGUAAGGCUGCUUUGCCUGCUGAAUAUAGCAUUUUAAAGGUUCUACCAGAGUUGCCAUUACCAACACCUUCACCUCAAACCAUUAAUAAUAAGUCAUUACUAUUUCAUCCAAGGGUGGCUGAGGAGGCACAAAAUUUGCUUGGACAAAAAAAUGAUGUUCUUGUACCACUGCUUGUAGCUUCAUUAGAGAAAACUUCAGCGGAUCAUAUAGAGGUGAAAGAUAAUUAUGCUAGAGCUGAUAAUAAGCUUGAGCAACAAGAAGGUAUGCCAGAUUUGCUAAAAGUUAUUCUUCAUACAAAUCCUGAAGUUUUUAGUGGUCAAAAAGCUUUACAACCAAGAAUUGCAUUACAAAGGCAAUACCAGCAACAGCAAUAUCUUCGCCAACAACAAGCUUUACAACAAGCCUCAAGCUCUCAGCAACAGUCGCAUGGAUCUCAUCCUGUUCAACAACAACCUCAGAAUCCACAUCAAAACCAACAGGUUCCUCUUGUGGCAUUACCAGAACCAUCUAAACCUCCCCAAGUGUCAGAUUCACAAUCAGGGACAGUUUUAGCACCUCAGACAAUUCCCCCAGUUGUUAAGGAAAAUUUGGGUAAUAGUAAUAUUCCCACUUCUGUAAUACAGCAUUCAGACUCUAUAAAACCUCAUGAGGUUCAACAAGAAACUCCUAAAAUAAAUAACAGCCAUACAACAGAUAUGAGGGUACCUUCUACAGUAGCAGUAUCAACAUUACCCCAAGUUUCCUCAACAGCAUUUAAUACUUCUCCUUCUGUUCCAUCUUCCCCAGUUUCUUCUGUAACAAAUUCCUUAACAACAUCCAUUUCUACGCCCUCAGUUCCUAGUGGCUCAACUCAUACCACCACAAGUGAGUUAAGGUUACUAAGAAGGCCUUCCAAUAGAGGCAAUCAAAAUACUACGCCAAACAAGGAAAGCACAAAUUUAGAGCCCACCGAAAAAAUGAAUUUAGAUGACAAUCUUGCUAGUUUUGCCUUCCCUGCUGAAAUGACCAAAGAAGAUCUUGCUUGUAUAGAAGGGGCAUUAGAAAGAUCCGAAAGUGAAUUUAGUUCAGGAAUAAAGCAACCAAUCAUUAGGUUGGGAAGGAUAUCAGAAGCGGACCAAGCAUUAAUGCAGAGAAGUUUAAAGGAAUUUGUUGAAACAAAACCUCAGCUGGCAAAGGAGCUAGGAAUUGAACUAAACAAAAAAAUGGUUAAUUAUAAAGAAACAUCAGAUUCAGAAGACGAAAGUGGCGCCUCAAGAAAGAAAACAAAAAGGAAAUAUAAAAAUAGUGAAGAUGAAUUUGAACCUGAAGAUGAUGCUGAUCCUAUGGACACGUUUUCUGCUUUAGUUGGUAAAAGAAGGAAAGUGGCCAAAGAAGAAACUGAACCGGAACCUUUUGUACUUACUAAGCCCAAGUUAAGAAGGGUAGAACGUAAAUUUGUACCAGUUUUACAAAAAUUAUCAACAGAAGAACUGAUGGAAAGCAACACUUACGUGCGCUUUAACAAAUCUGUUGAGCAUGUUUUGCGGUCAGGUGAAGACAUUGAUUUUUCGGAAAUAGCUGCUGAUGACAUGAUCCAAGAUGAACAUCUUUUGAGCCGUUCUAUCAUGUCAGAACUUUGUACUGAGGCAGCUAAGCUAAAAGUUUUAGGUGCUUUAGAAAUGAUUCCAACUGAUAAGCUCACCAGGUUACUGAAUAUAUUGGAACUAAAUAUUAGGGGCGGUGAUAGAAUAUCUCCAAUUACUGAUGAGGACAAUGAGAGCAUACGUCAGUUUUGGCUAGAGACAACUAUGGAAAGGGUUAUGGGCGCUGCUGAUGCUUGUUUGAUCUGCAUGUACAUAAUGACAUCUCCAAACAUGUCCAAAAGAGUAUAUCUUGAAGAAAUUAUAGACAGGGUCGUUUUGUAUAUCAAAUACCAUUUGGCUAACACAAUUUUUCCUAGUUUUGAUUCUACUUAUAAGCUUGAUAAUAAGAAAAAAGAUGGUAGGAGGAAGAAAACCACACCUGCCUCUGGCAAAGGGAUAAACAAUCUGUAUACUAAAAUAUCAGAACUUGUUAAUUUACUGUCAGAGUUGAUGAAUAUUCAAGUUUUGACGGAUACUUCUGUUUUACAUGCAUCUUCUAUGGGCAUCAGUCCAUUUUUUGUUGAAAAUGUUAGUGAACUUCAGUUGGCUUGUUUAAAACUGGUUACAACGAUAUUUACGCGUUACGAGUCCCAUCGUCGGCUCUUGUUAGAUGAUAUUUUGGCAUCCAUAGCUCGUCUUCCUAGUACAAAGCGCAGUUUAAGAACAUAUAGGUUAAACAGCGAGGAACACAUUCAGAUGCUUACCGCUCUGGUCUUGCAGCUGAUACAGUGCGUUGUCGCUUUGCCAGAUAAGCCAGGGUCCAAGAAAGAUAAAGAGAAACAGGAAAAACAACAGGUAGACGAUGAUAUUCUGAUUUGUAACAAAUUCGAAAAAGCCACCUCGACAGCCGGUACGUUUUUAACCGUGUUCCUCAGCAAAUGCGGUAAUAAAUCGGAAGAAAUCGACUACAGGCCGUUAUUCGAGAAUUUCGUCCAAGAUUUGCUGUCUACUGUAAAUAAACCCGAAUGGCCCGCGACUGAAUUACUCCUGUGCAUUUUGGGCAAGAUGCUGGUACAGAAUUUCUCAAACAAAGGCACUGAUAUGUCCUUGAGGGUGGCCAGUUUGGACUACCUGGGCGUGGUAGCCGCCAGACUUCGCAGAGACAGCGUUUUAUCCCGCUGCAAACUCAAUUCUAUCGAUCAAAUGAUCAAAGACAUCAAACAGGAAGAGAUGAAAGACAAUGAUCAAAAUCCGAAAAAGAAACAAGCUAGCAUGUCAGAGGACGAAAGAACUCAAUUCCUACAGAGGAUCCUGCUGGAUUUUUUAGCGGUCAAUUCGCAGAACGACGAAUCCUGGAAAUUCGCCCGACAUUUUUACAUUGCCUGGUGGUACAAGGACCUGGUCAGCGAGAAAACCCAACUGGCCUCAGGCAACAAGAAAAAUCCAAAUCAAUACUCCUCAAAGCGAAACGGAAAGUCCAGCGACAGCGAGGAAGAUUCGGAAAAGGAGACGAAAAAUAGCGAACAAGAAAGCGCAGAGAGAUUUCGAAUUGUUGAAGACAAGAAGAAAGUUCUCCUUAAUAAAAUAAAACCCUUUCAAGAAUCGAUGUCUUCAGGAAACCGCGUUCAAGUUUACCAGACUUACAUUGAUUACAACAGUGCCGAGCUCAUAGCGCAGUUCCUCGCUUCGAAAAGAUACUUUUCUCAAAGCUUUGACCAAUAUUUAAAAGCAAUUUUAAUCGUUCUUAAAGAAACUUCAAUAGCUAUUAGGACAAAGGCCAUGAAGUGUCUCACUAUGAUCGUGGAAGCCGAUCCUUCCGUUCUGGGAAGACACGACAUGCAAAUGGGUGUGAACCAGUCGAUCCUCGAUCAGUCAACUUCUGUAAGAGAGGCUGCAGUGGAUUUGAUUGGAAAAUUCAUUCUAAGACGGCCGGAACUCAUUCAUAAGUAUUACGAGAUUCUUUCGCCUCGAAUUUUGGACACUGGCGUGAGUGUGAGGAAAAGGGUUAUAAAGAUUUUAAAGGAUAUCUGCGUGGAAUGUCCAGAAUUUCCGAAAAUACCUGAGAUUUGCGUGAAAAUGAUCAGGCGCAUCAACGACGAGGAAGGAAUUAGGAAGCUGGUGAUGGAAGUGUUCCAGAACAUGUGGUUUACACCAACUAAAGACGACGAUUCUCUAAUUCGGAAGGUAAUGCACAUAACUGAUGUGGUUGCUUCAUCUAAGGAGAUCGGUCUUGAGUGGUUUGAACAGUUGCUUUUAAGUUUGUAUAAGCCAAAAGAGGACAAAGAUGAUUCGACCAAGAUCAAUACUGAACCACCAAAAGCUUUGCUAACUGCUUGUAGGCAGAUAGUAGAUUGCUUGAUAGAGAAUAUCCUGAGGCUUGAAGAAAGCAGCGCUCAUACUAGCGCGUCUGAAAGACUGGUAGCUUGUGUUACGACUUUACAGUCUUUCGCGAAAAUUCGGCCACAAUUACUUAUCAAACACGCCAGCACCCUGCAGCCCUAUUUAGGGCUGAAAUGUCACACAGAAGGAGACAUAAAAAUUAUAAGUUGCGUGGCAAGAAUGUUGGAAUUGGUGGUGCCUUUAAUGGAGCAUCCAAGCGACUCGUUCUUGGCUCAGCUGGAAGAGGACGCUAUGAAAUUGAUUCUGCAGUACAACAGGCCUAUAGUGAGCAGUUGUUUAAGCUGUUUAGGCUCAAUCAUCAACAAAGUGACGCACAAUUUCCAGUUGAUACGUGACUGCUUUAAGAGAUUCAAUUUGAUGCUUCUAGAAUUUAAAAUGAGCCUGGAAACAUAUGAUUUGGACUUUCAGAAGAACCAUAGGAACAGGGUUCUUUUGAGGAGAGCUCUUUUUGUUGUUGGGCUUUUGUUGCGGCACUUUGACUUUACGGAUCCGGCGGUUCUUGGAGAUCUUUCUGGUGAUACAAAAGAUCAAGUUUACAUAAACCUAAUGUAUUUCUUGCAACAAGACAAUGUAGAUAUUCAGUCAAAUACUCUCAAAGCAAUCGGUAGUAUUUGUAUAAGACAUCACGAAUUUAUGUUAGAACCAGAAUUAAAGGAAUUCUACCAUAGACAGCUAGUCAUAGAUGACUCCCCGUUGCAAAUGAAAAUCGACGUUUUAAUUAAUAUAGAAAAUUAUUUAGUUGAAGAGGAAAAUAGAAUGAUAAAACAGGAUUUAGAAUGGUCCAAGAGGUCUAAAGAAGAAAACCUGAAGGAGAUGAAUGACGUUUCUUCCGGAAUGGCCAGCACUGUUAUUCAGCAGUACUUACAGGAAGUGAUGAAGUGUUACCUCCACCAGAGUCUCCAAGUGAGGCAGCCAGCUUUAAAAGUGAUCCAGCUUGUAUGUAACCAAGGUUUAGUCCAUCCAGCCCAAUUCAUCCCAUCGCUGAUAUGUAUGAGCACAGAUCCAGAAAAAUCCAUAUCUCAUAGUGCUGAUAAAACCUUAUCAGACAUAGAGAAAAAGUAUCCUGGCUUUGUUCACUCGCAAGCUUCCCUGGGAAUCGAUUUGUCUCACAAACUUCAAAGAAUCAUUAACAAUGACGAAGUCGUGAGAGGGUACGUGGUCAAAGAGAAAGGAGAGUAUCCUACAGCAUUGAAUGGUUUCUUGUAUUCUUUGUUGAGGAACUCCAGACAACAAAGACGUGCCUUAAUCCUGAAAAUUGUGAAGCAUUUUGAUGAACAAGCUCGUUCAAGCUUGUCAUACAUGUUAUACCUGGCUGAUAACCUGGCAUAUUUUCCUUAUCAAGUACAGGACGAGCCUUUGUUUAUUGUACAUCACCUUGAUUUAAUGAUCUCCAAUUCUGGAACAAAUCUUUUACAGUCUUUUAGAGAGGGUUUAAUAUCGGAUACGCAAAACAGGAUUUUAGACACUGAAAAUGGUGAAUUGCAUAAUGUUGUGUCUGCUUUGGAUGAGGAUGACGACGAAGAAGCUCUAGCAGCUAGAGUUCCUGAGAAUUCUAGUCAUUUACAGGCCUAUUUAACCGCUGCACAAGGCUGCCUUCUGCUUUUAAUGCUUAAACAGCAUAUUAAAGACGUCUAUGGUCUUAGCGACAGCAAAAUCCAGCUUUAUUCACCCUGCGAAGCGGUAAAAGUGUACGAAAAAACCAUUUCGCGUAGAUCGAACGCUUUGUUUAACCCUAAAACGACACUGCAGAAACUGAAGGAGGGUUGUCCUCCAGAGUAUUUGGACGAGGAAGGACGCAGAGAUCUGAUUCGCCAAUAUUUAGAUUUUAAGCAGCUCAUGUUGCAAUUGGACCCUGACGAUGCCGAAGAGGACGAGAACAGAGUCUUGACAGCUUUAGGAGGAAAUGCCAAUCCCGCUUUGAAUCCUGGCGCUCCUACGGCGAUUCUUACUGAAGCCGACCAAGUGGUGCUUCAGAAUUACAAGGAUCAUUCACCUCCCAAAGUCCCCAAAAUGGUGAUAUCGCAUCGAAGAUUCGAGAGCGAACCGAAGCGGACUCCUCGCAGUCACCGGUCUUCGGAGAAAGCGAAAAAAGUGCGUCACAAAAAGAAACGCAGAAAAAUCACCAGUGACAGCGAGAGCGACGAGAACGAUUUCAGUGAUCCGGACUUCUUGGUUUAAUUUAAGCUUAGAUAAGGUAAAAAGACGCGUCGAGUGUACAGUGAUCAUUUCUCGUUUUAUUUUAGUUCAAUUCAGCACUAUAUCGUCGGCGUUUUUAUUCAAAGUCUGUUGAAUUCGUGCGGUGGUGUUUUAGUUCGUAAUCGGCACUCAGAGACGCUUGUAUUAGUGGUUAUAAUUUAUCCGAUCCUCCUAUUUUUGCUUGCAGAGAUCGUUACUCACAUUCUUAUUAUAAAUAAUAAUAGAGUAAAUAUAUUUAAUGUGAACCUCUCUGUGACCAUUUGUAUAGAUUUUUUUUAUGCAUAUUUUUUUAAAGAAAUUUAACUUCCUGGUAUAUAUGCCACAAAUAGACAAGUUCAGAACUAGAAAGAAUGUUUCUUAUUUUUUUUACGUGAUCAUCUUGUAAUCAAAAAAAAAAAUAGUUAUCUCAAUGAAUUUAUUUAUUAAUUAGGGUUCUUGUAUUUUUGUGGUGAAAUUUGUACCGGUUUUAAAUAAUUUGUAUUUAUAUAAGUUCGUUCACACCUUUUUAACUCUAGCAGCUUUUCAAAUUAUUUGUCUUUUUUUGAUGAGAAAGAAGUUUAUAGAGGAAGGCAUUUAAAAAGACUCUGGUUGCAGGUUUAAUUAAAGUUUAGAAAAUACUUAUUUAUUUUUCCCCCGUUUAUUUUGCCACGUUUCACUUUUGUCUCUGUUCUUUUAGUAACCUGUUUCAAAUUUUGAGCUGAUAUUAAAAAUAUAUCGUUUUGAAAAUAAUUUUUAAUUGAGCCUCGCCUAUAAAACUCAGGGUUGGGCUUGGGCGUUAACACGGCGUUUACCUUUUGGUAUAAAAUUCUAAUAGAAAGAAUUCUUCCUUCUCAGCAUAUACCAUGCGAUCGAAAAAAUAACGCGUCGGGAUGGCUUGGAAAUGAAGAGCGCGACAAUAUGUUUAAAUGUAACACAUUACAUGUAAAAUUAUAUGGACCGUCAUUUCCAAGCCGAUUGCAUGUCGUUUUAUUUGCUAGCAUACGGUGUUUUCUAUCGUUUUUGCUUAAAUUUUGAUUUCCGCACAAAAUAAAACUAUAUUUAUUAUCAUUAAACUAACGAAAUGAAUAAAUUAAAUUAUUUGUGUUUGCAAUGGUCGUUCAUAGCGUUUUUAGGGAAGCUUUGCCUAUUCUGUGACCUAAGUUAAGCCGUGGCCCAACAUAAAGCUGGUAGCGUAGCAUAAUGCGGAGAGCAGUGCGUACAGUGUGAACAAAUACGCGUCAAUCUGCAAUACGCUACGCUGUAUUCCGUUAUUGUAUCAUGACGCUGUAUGUGGGACCACGGGAUUCGACGGUCGACGGGAUUAACCCCCCCUCCCAAACAUGCUACCUAAGUUAAACUAGUUUUUGCAUUAAAGUUUUCUUUACUGGCUCAUCCCUGAUAAAAACAUUAAAAAGCAUUUUGUGAAGCAGCAAAACGCUUCCUUGAGGUUCUAGUUUUCCGUUUAGUUUUUAUUUUUUUAAGUUAUACGUUUUAUAUAUUUUUGUUCAAAUGAAAUUAACUGAUUAUUUAUAAGCGUUCCUUAACAACCCAUAAGUACAGUUUUUCGAGAGCAAACUAAAUAUAGUAUGUUUAGUUAUUUUUUGGGUAGGUUUUAGCCGUUGGAAAGUCAGUAUUAUGUUACGUAAAUGUGAUAAAUAUCAGCCUUAUUUGUGCAAUGAUUUAUCUACUGCAGCAGGAAUUUUUGUGAAAAUCGUCAGAAAUUUGUAGCAGGUUAUUAUCUGUAGUUUAUUUAUAAUUAUAACCUUAGUUGUGAGUUGUUAGUGAAUGUGUAAUAAAUAUCCUUUAACGUUGUUUGAUUUGACCAUCUAGGAUUAUUUUGUAAAUUAGUCUCUAUGUAUAUUUGGUCAAACAAAACAUCUGUUAUUCAGGGUUUUCCAUACUGUAAAACUCCCAAUUUGUAUUUAAAUAAAUUUAUAUUUCUAAGAA